AGCAUGUGUACCACUGAUGAUAGUGUGUCCCGUGUAUGUAUAUGUACAUGUACAUGUACAUGUAUAUGUACACGUACAUGUACACACUGUACGCACACACAAUGCCCAAGCAAAAGUGUGCAUUAGUAUUAGGCCUAACUGAACUCCGAGGUCAUUGCCUAGUAGAAGUUGUUUUAUUUCAAACAAAUCCAAUCCAUGUGGCAAUUCGAUCCAGCGCAUUCCUGCGGUAAUCUAUCGUGCCGGUCCGUGUGUUGAAGUUGGAAAGACUGCUCAUUUCACUGUCAUUAAAUAGUGGUACCGUAACGUAAGUAAAGUAGCUGAUGGAAUGUGCUGUUGUCAGCUAUCACUCAGUUUGACUUAGGACGAUGUCCUCAUCAUCAUCAGGAGGGAACAUACAGCAAGUCGCUGCACGUGUUGCCCAUGAGUUAAUAGAGAUGAAAGCGCAGUCAUCAGUCACUGAUGAAUACUUAAGAGAAUCAGCUACUCAAGCUCAGUUUCUUCAACUUGAAGUUGAACAAGCUCACCAUCAGGAUAAUCAAACAUCCGAAGUCAUCCGACUUGUUGAAGAUUACACCAGCCCUGCAGUGCAUGCUCUCCAUAAUAUUAUAGGAUGCAACUCAAAGAAUCUUUUCCAGGACCACUGCAAUGAAGAGUUUACUGAGGAAAGCUUCAGUCAACUUCAUCCUCCCGUUAUUGAAGCAAGGGAUAUCGAUAGCAACAGUUCCCAUGACAACCAAGAUUAUACCUCCAGCUCCUCUGGCAUUUUAUCAAGGGUGUUUGCCAUUCAAAACCAGUCAACAGAAUCUUCAGGUGAUAAUCCAGAAAUUAUCAGAAAGAAACCUCCACAAAUUGAUGAACCGAUACCAACUCAGGAAGCUCAACGAGACAGAUCACAAAUAGAUGUAAAUGUGUCAUCAGAUGUGCCCACUGUUUCCUAUGUCAGGACACUUCUUGAAGCAAAUGAAGCACUUCAUAAUUUUGAAAAUCAAACAGGAACAAAAUACAGUGCUUAUAAGAGCACUGCUGGGUUUGGAAAUACAGAGUAUAAGGUUGACAGACCCCACAAGAUCUACUUUGAAGAGAGAUCAGCAGAUCUCAGUGGUUUGGGCAUACCUUAUGAUGGUAUCCCAUUCAUCAAUGUUGGCAAGAAAGUUAUGGAUUGUCAAUAUGGAAUGGACAGAUGUGUAGCAGCCAAGAGAAAAUACAUGGAACGUCAAUUGAAGGAUUUCUCAAGACAAAGGCGACCUCUUGCUCAAGAACGAACGAAAAAAAUCAAAUGCAGAGCACAGAUCCGAAUGAAAGAAAUCCUAAAAUAUCCAGAAUAUAAGGUUCCAUUGAAUUCAAGGUCUAGAAAGGAGAGAGUUCGCUUAUCUAAAGAGCUUCGAGAAGCACUCAAGAAUGGUAUGGUGAAAGGCGAAAAAAGGAUCUACAUACAGUGGCCUGGACUAGCCGAUCAUACAGGGCAUUCGCUAGGACAACAGGCAGUCAAACAGGUGAAGCCAUGUCUGUCUGGAAAGCAAGCCAUAAAAGAAGUGAAUGCUCUAUCAUGGGAUUCAUUCAUUCAACGUUUUGGUAGUGUUGUUGAGCAUGGACAAAUUGUAGCUUCGGCAGCCUGGUCCAAACGCCCAUUUGCAAACAUCACAACCCUGCAUUCAGCAUUCUGUGAAUUCUUGGACUCGCUGUCUCAUUCAGGAAAAGAAGCCAUCCUUCGUUGUCAUCCGGACCUGGCUGGAAAUUUGGCUCAAGCAGACCAACUCACAACUGAGUCCAAGAAAGAACAGAGUAGUGCUGGACUUCUAAAUCUGACCAGAGAGGAAGCUAACACCAUCGCUGAAUUGAAUGACUUGUACAAAUCCAAGUUCCAGUUUCCUUUUGUUAUUUGUGCCAGGGAAAACAAAAUAGAAUCCAUCAUUGCGGGGUUAAAGGUCAGAAUACAUAAUGCUACAGAUGUAGAAUUAGAGAACGGUGUGAAUGAAGUUAAGAAGAUUGCUUGGCAUCGAAUGCGUGACCUAAUUGAAACAGAGUCAGACCCAAUGACGGCAAAAUAUUGAUUUCAGAACAAAGUGGACUCAGUCUAUGUAUUCUGCACACAAGUACCCCUCAUUGGGGACAAAGAUUGAUGUUAAGCCAACAUAUGUAAAUACCAUUGUUACCACGAGCUUGACAUGUAUAAUGCACCUCACAAUUACAAGGUUGUUGAGGCUAUUUUUCCAAUUUCAUAUUUCUACAAUCAUAUUAAAGUGAAAAAAUGAAUAUAACAUUUAAUUUUUCAAGCUGAAUUUGCCACAAUCAUAAAGUGAAACAGUAAUAUUAAUCAGAAAGUAAUGAAUAUCGAGUUCGGUGAUUGGACCGUGUACUUGUUCCACAGUACAUUGUAGGUAUAAGUGCUUGCAAUGAGCUGCACCGUUAGGUUUAUAAUUUGUGUAGUUUCCUGUCAGUGUGAUAUGAUUCAAGACAUGUAGCAUUUCCUUUGAUCCACUGAUUUCCUCAUUUUUUAUUUUACACAUUCCAUUGAAAAUGAAAAAUCACAGUGCAAAGUUUUGUAAAAACAAUUUCCUCAUUGUUUUGUUAAAGUCCAAGUUGCAUGCCUGUCUUUCUUUCCGUGAUGGUCAAAUUAAACCUAGUACAUGAUGUGCAUAGAACCAUACUGUCCACUAUUAAUAUCAGAUGCACCCUGCAAAUAUUUGCAAAUCUCUCUCUGAAGUACAUGUAUGUACCCACCCCCCAAAUAUUGAGAUUGCAGCUACCCAAUUUAUGUCAGACCUGGAAUCUCAGAAGACUUGACAAACUGAAUACCAGGCUGUGAGGUAGUAUUGCGCAAGUAGUUAAAACCUACAGAGAAAGGAUUUAAUUUGGAAUGAAAUAGUCACACUUGUUUUGUUGAUCAUUUUGCACCAAUUCAGUGUUGCCUGUACCAGGUGCAUGCAUGUUUAGCAAAAGUAAUGCUUUUAUUACACUGUCUGAAUUUUCUUUUGUCACAUACACUUUGCCCUUUACAUGGUUAGUCUGUCUGCUGUUUUAUUGUCCUUGAUCAUGAUCAGAUCGAUCAGUUGAUUUGUUGGGUCCAACCAAUGUGUACUACACAAGAAGGGCAUGCUGAAAAUGAUAUACAGUGUAGCUUGAAAUUUGUUCCUGUAUCUGAACCAUUUUUACCGUUAUUAUGAAAGAAGAGUAUAAAUUGAAAUAAAAAUGGCUUUGGAUGAAAAUAAUU